GUUCUACUUGUCUGUCCAUCUCAUCUUAGCACUGCGCAUUUCCGCAAUCAUGAAACUCAAUAUGCCGUUCUCCUCGAAGUUCAAGGAAUCGGGCCUACUACCCACUGUGGAAGAGACGUAUGGGGAUAAAUAUACGUCAAAGAAUCUAGACGAGAAGCAAAAAGACAGUCUAACCGCGACCGCACCAAUUCCACCUCAGCCCACUCCAGCACGCACACGCUCAACGCGAAUCCAUGAACCCAUACGCACAUCCUCGCAAGCCAGCCACAAGCCUGGCAUAAAAGGCAACAGCAGUAGUUCAACACGACCAGCGACCUCCAAGUAUGUUGCAGAAAAGCCGCAGAGACCCGGCCUUGAGCGCAGCCGCACAACAGCCCGAACACGCUACAUCGAUAUGCUCCUGGGCCUCGACCACGUCUCGCCCCUGCACAACAUCCUCGCCUCGCUCUUCGUCUGGGUCCUGCUAGCCGGCUACAUCGUCUUCCCGGCCACCUUCAACAAGCUGCAAAAAGACAAGAGUAUAGAGGACAAAGCGCAGACGAAUCUCGAGCAGCACGCGUUACGAACUGUACGCAAUGUGCCGCUACUGUACGUCGCGGCUUUUGCGUGUGGAGUAGGGGUCCUGGGCUGCGUGUGGCUGUGGUGGAAACACCGCAAGAAUUACGUGUGGGUUAUUAAUCGGAUCUUUUUACCUGCGCUGUUGAAUAGUAUUGCGGGGCUUGUGUCGACGAUUGUGAAUAUUUAUUCUGCGCAGGACGCAGGCCAAUACUCCGUCACAGCCAUGGUCACCAUCAUCGUUACAUCGGCGUGCUCAGUCGUAGCUGCUGCCCUGUUUUUGCUGUAUAAUACCGUCAUGUUGAGGUUAGUGAAGAGGAAGCAUGAGAGGGAGAUUAAAGCUGCUGAAAGGUAUGAGGCGAGGUAUGUGGACGGACAGGGGACUAGCGAUGGAGCACGAAACGUGUAG